ACGCGUCGAUUCACAAACACACUACUGUUAGUAAAAGUAACCGAUGACUUCGUCAGGUUUAGCAACGAACGCCCAAACACGAUAGCGAGACGUACGAAAUAUAGGUUGAACGGUUUAUUAUUUUAUACCAGGUAGCAAUGGCAGGAGACGAAAGUGUCUUUCUGAGAGCGAAGGAUCGGAGUUUUAAGGGGCUGACAGAAGAUGAACAGAAGGAGUGGAGUGGGCCCUUUUACUUCAUCCAGGCUGCGGACCCCCAGCUUGGCCUGAUGAAGGCCUGGAGGAUAGGAGACUGUGAUUCAGGAGGGGAUGAGUGGACUGAGGAGGUUCAGCUCACAAAACAGGCAGUUCAGGCAAUCAACAAACUACAGCCCAGACCUCGCUUCUUGGUCCUGUGUGGAGACCUGGUCCAUGCUAUGCCAGGAUGUCCAUUCAGAGAAGAACAGGUUAAGGACCUCAAAGAAGCACUGAGAGGAAGUGACCCCGACAUUCCUCUAGUGUUCGUCAGUGGCAACCAUGAUCUCGGCAACACACCCACUCCAGAGAGCAUAGAGCAGUUCUGCCGUGACUGGGGCGAUGAUUACUUUAGUUUUUGGGUGGGUGGGGUUUUGUGUUUGGUGUUGAACUCUCAGUUCUUCUUCGACUCAUCAGGCUGCCCUGAGUUAAUGGAGGCCCAUGAGGUCUGGCUGGAGAGUCAGCUGCAAAGAGCCACCCAGACCCCCUCCCGUCACGUGCUUGUCUUCCAGCACAUUCCACUCUUCCUCAAUAAACCUGAUGAAGAGGAUGACUACUUCAACCUGCAGAAGGGCAUCAGAGAGCGCUUGAUCCAGAGAUUCAAACAAGCAGGUGAGAAGAAAGCACUUGAGCUUUACACAUCGAAAAGCCAAGUUGCAAGUGUUCAUCUCAUGUUGUAAAUUAUCGAAGAACAAUCUGUCUUUAGGAGUGCCAUAUCAUCAGAAUUUUGUUUAGCCUUUUCCCCAAAAUUAUGGUAAAUAGUA